AUGGCGGCAACCAGCGACCCGACGGAGGAUACUAUUUCUCUGUUUUGUGACAUCACCGGCCUCCUACGAAGUGAAGCCAUUACUCGAUUAAAGGCCAAUAAUAAUGACAUUCAACGUGCAACCGAAGAGUAUUUCGAAGACCCUGAUAGUCAAAAGUAUAGAUGGGAUGAAUCACAGUUCAGCAUGGAUCGGCAUGGAGAGGCCACUGAUUCGGGAAUAUCUUUCAAUAUCCAGGGCCCAGAUGAGCUUGCGCCUACAAUAUAUCAAAACAACGCUGCUCCUACCAGACCACCUUCCCGAGCUAAUAACACAUCUUCCUACGGCGCACCGGCCAACGCCGCCGAAGAAGACGCGAAUUUGGAAAGAGCUUUGGCCGAAUCCGCUGCCGAAUCCGGGAUCCAACUCCAAGAAGCCGGCAUUGUUGAUAACGAAGCGAACCUAAAAUACUUUGGUCCUGCGAACCGACCGGAAUACGAUACUGAACAAUGGGCUAUGGUCCCUACAAAAGCGACUGUCGAUACAGUAACGGCUGAUCCUCCCCCUUCUCGUAGGAAGCGUGAUCCCGAUGCUCCCGCUUUUCUCCGACAGACCAAAGAUCACAGAGUUGGUUUCAUGUUGUCCAUUUAUCAUAAGAUCCCCGUUGUCAGGAAUAUCCUGCUUCAAUGUGGAAACCCAGCCAAGAACUAUGGACACAAUUCCGAAUGGUGGAGUGGUCAACCCAUUCUCAAGCAUGAACUUCUAACGGCAAUGGCAAGAGGAGAGUCGGUAUGGGGUGAUGAAGCGCACCCUGAGUUUACCGAAGAGCUCCACCGGUUAAUGGCUUUCCUUGAUAAGACCGAACGAAGUUAUGGAACCGUUGACGGUCUCAUCGAUACUAAGGCAAUUGACCCCAGCUUUGGAAGUUGGAUGCCUGAUGUCGAAGACAAACUUAUUGAAGCUAUUAAGGAGGAGGCACCCAACAAUCCUGCCUGCGACUUAGAACCCUUGACUACUAUGGGCACUAUCUUAUCUUGUGCUCCAGUACAAACUGAAGAAUCCCCGGCCGAGAGCGAUGCUAACGGUUGGAGUGACGAGGAGCGAGACACACCUUUUCUAUUUCUGGAUUUGCAACUAGACCAUGAACAGUACCAGUGGGUCAACACAUUUUACGACGCGUUGGAUAACUUGCUCUGGACACAUGCACUAUCAUUAGACCAUCCCUUCCCAGAAGACUCGAAUUAUGCCGUUUUAUCCAAGCCUGCAGAGGUAAUGACCAUACGACUUGGCGGCACUGGCUUAGUCAAGCCUUGCGAGAUGCCAGCUAUUUUGUACGUGGAUAGGUACAUGAAAGGCCGAAAAGAUCUCGCGCUCAAGUUCCAGACCUAUAUACGUCUGGCGAGAAAGAAGCUACGUCUAUAUGAUCUCCUGGAGGCGAGUCUGGUAAAAUGUCACGGACAGAACUGCCAUAAAGUGAACGGGUUAGGGAAUGGCUCGCAUGACCUCUUCGCCUGUCUAAAUGGGAUUAUUAACCACUGCGAAAGGAUGAUGCAAAGUCAGAUUAGGGCUGCACAAUGGCGUUAUCAUUAUGAUAAAAUAGAGGGCGGGCUGGAACUCAGUCUUGAAGACCUUUACGACAUCCACACGUGGAGCGGUCCUUACACCUUUCUACCCGAAGAAGAGAAGAGGAUGGAAAAGUGGAAAAGUGUUAUAGAAGGUUGCAAAGAGAAGCUCGAGGAGCUCAAGACUGAUCUUGCCAGCAUCACGGAGGCGAAAAAGGCAUACUACGACUCGAUAAAAGUAAUUUCCAAACGGCUCACAUGCCAGGAACAGGAAGUGGAUGAUGAUGAAUAUGUCUUCCGGUCAACCCCCGCCUACAAUCCAGAGUACUGGAACCCUACCAAUUCGUACACCCUUCGUGGCGUUGCGCUUACGAAUGAACUCGCAUACGUAUGUGUCAGGAGAGAUGCCCAACUAAUAGAGGUUGAUGAGGCAGCUCCGCCCUUAGAUCAAUGGUGGAAAAUAGGAUACUCGUCAGGUGAAACGAAUCCAAUCAAAACUGAGAAAGCUACUUUAGAAGACGUUCUUCACGCAGCUGGGACCGAGUCCAAGUACCCUAUACUGAUAUAUGCUUCCGAAGCUGCUAUGGAAGCAAAGCCUCUUCCCUUGUCAGAUGCUCUACGGAUGUUCGUACGAGCCGACAAUCGGUCAUUUCAACAAGAGCUGGCCCAGGAGCAGACCUCGGAACAGUCGCAGCAGAACUUGGAUCCUACCAGAAUCACGGCCGAAAAUCUAUCUCAUAUCCCUGUUAGAGCGUCAGGCAAACGAAAACAUAGCAUCGGCUCGUCGGUAGCAACGCAUGGAAGUUCUCGCGAUGACCUAAAUGAUGUUGAUUUGACAUUUGAUGAUCCGUACCCGAGUUACCAAGCUCUGGGUUCUCAGUACGAAUCAGUCGCUAACAGUAGCCCUCAGUCUAAAAAGCUCAGUGGCAUUGUCGAGUCACUGGCGAAAUGUCGCACUAAUGAAACCGAGUCGGUUGAGGGUGCAAAGAGUUGGGAUAUAAAUAAGCAGGGAGGCUUUUCGGAGAUGCAAACUUUUGAUUCUAACACAAUAUCUAAGCCACCUGAGAUGCAAGAGCGUACUGGUGGACCGGCGCCGUUCUUAACACGCUCUAGCCAUACUCCUCAGGGUGGUCCAAUCGACAUGAUGGACAUUGAUAUAGAAGCAGAGCAUCACGAAUAA